AUGAUACGCAAUUAUUUAAAUUUACCAGAACAAUUAUCACAAAUUUAUUUAAAUAAAUAUACUGUAUUUCUUAUAUUAAUAUUAAUUAAAGUUAUUUUAUUUAAGAAAUCAUUAAUUACUGUGAUUGAAAGUUCAAUUAUUGAUGAAUCAACAUGUGAUACUACUAGUAAAGAAAUGCAACCAAUAUUAAAUUCAGUUCAUGAUUUGAUAAUGGAUAGUUUAUAUAAAUUACAAAAUUCAGGUUUAAUGUCUAUUUUAUUAUUACUCAGUGUUAUUAAACAUAUGAUUAUUUUUUUUAUUGAUUUAUUUUUUGGUACUUAUAUUUGUUUACUUAAUGCUUUAAUUAAAGGAACUAGUGAAUUCGCAUUCAAUGCUGGUGAAACAAUCAUCAAAGGAGUUAAUGAGACCGUGGUUGAAGUUACUAAUGACAUCGAAGAUGGUUUGAAAGGAUUAUCUCAAUUUAUAAAUGAUUUAAUAACUGGUUUUAAUUCAAUUAAAUCAUUUUUCACAGGAAAUACACCAGUUGAUACUUCUGCACAAUAUAAAGAUAAAAUUAAUUUAUCAUUAGGUACACUUAAAAAUAAGAUAAUGAUUCCAGGAACAGUUAUUGAUGAAAUUGAAUCAGUUAAAAAAUCAAAUCUUGGAGGUUUAGGAGAUUUAAAUAAUGAUACGCAAAUUCUUAUUUCAAAACCAUUUGAUUUAAUUUCGAAAGCUUUGGAAGCUAAACAACCAAUUGAAAAUAAAACUGCAAUAUUACCUUUAAAUGUCAAACAAAUUUGUAUGAAUAAUUUAGAUAAUUUACAAGAUGUUCAAUCUGAUUUAGUUGAAUUGGUCGAAUUUAUUGGGAAAUGUAUUAUGAUUGGGUUAUUAAUUGUUGCUUUUGGUGCUAUUUUUUAUGAGUUUUAUAUUGAAUGGAGAACAUGGAAACGUGAAGAUCAAUUUAUAAAUGAAGAUAGUGAUAUUAAUAAUGAAAUUGAAUUUAGAAAUGAAUCAAACAUAUAUGAUAAUUUUAUAUUAUAUACAUUAAUUAAAAGAUUUGGAAUUAAUAUACCACUGAGAUGGAUAUGGUUAAUUUCAUAUUUGACUACUAAAUUCACGAGGAAUAUUUUAUUCUUUGGAAUCAUGGGUAUUUUAUCUGUUGUUUUACAAUUUAUAUUAUUACAUUAUACAAAACAAGGACUAUCUAAAGCUAUGAAUAUAGUGACUACAAAUUUUAAUGAUUCUCAAUCAUCACCAAGACAAUAUAUUAGAUCAAUGAAUAAUUAUAUUAAUGCCACUGCUAUUGAAGUUAAUGAUGAAUUGUUUGGUAAUAUAAGAGAAACUUCAAAUUCAUUGAAUUCCACAAUUUCAACUUUUUUAGAUAAUUUAAAUACUGCAGUUGAUGAUAUUUUUGGAAAAACGCCAUUAUCUGGUCCCAUCAAUACUAUAGUUUAUUGUACAAUCGGUAGGAAAUUGUUAAAUAUUGAACAUGGGUUAACUUGGAUAAACAAUAAUUUAAAAAUUGAAAUUCCAUUAGUUUCAAAAGAUAUACAGAAUUCGUUAUAUGAUAUUGAAUUUGUACGACCAAAAAACGUAUUAGCUAAACUUGAAUCAUUAAUUGAUAAUUAUAAAGAUGCAGUCUUUUUAGAAUUAUGGAUUAGUUUAAUAUUCAUUGCUUUAUGGAUUUUACAAGGAUUUAUAGGAUUAUUAAUCCUAGCUUUUGUUGAAUGGAAAGAAUAUCAAGGAACAUUAGAUAUUAGUAAUCCUAAACAGUUAACAGAUAAAGAGAGAGCAGAUUAUGGUAUGCCUCUAUCUAAUCCAUUCCCGUAUUAUCAUAAUUAA